CAUUCCCCUUUAGCAAAAACGUCUCCCCUCAUAGCCCCUACUGAAUUUCGAGAGAAAAACAGACUGCCAGCAGUCUAUCCACAUUCCCAUGUUUUGUCGGCAUUCUUAAAAUUCACUGGGGAUCAUUUCGGGAUCAUUUCGGGAUCAUUUCGGGGGCUGACAUAUCCCCAGCCCACCCUGGGUAAGAAUGUCAGUUUCUCAAACGCGAGGAAGUCGCGUGUGAUUCCCAUUAGGCAAAAUAUUUGGAAGUUCAGCCAAAAAAAUGGAUUUUAGAUUUCGAAACCUUUGUUUCUUUAUCUUCCUUACCUUUAGUGUAAUAAUAAGCCCAGUGUCCACUUCACAACUUAGCGACUGCCCAGAGUUCAAGCUGAUUCCUCCUGAACAGUAUGACAGGAACAUCAGUGCUGCAGAUGAUAUUACCAAGAGACCCUUAGGAUAUAUGAUUGCAACAGCACAAUACCCUGGUGUUCAGUCUGAAAUAGAAAACCCUUGUGUAUAUGUGAAAAAUUUGACAUCAAGAGAUCUGGAAGUCAUGAUUCAAACCCGUGUCCCAGGCAAAACAGUGUGUGUGCGAGAUGACAGCAAGCCUACUCCAAAGAAAGAAUGUACUCAGGGUGGCUUUCUAAGUGUGGACUGCUGGGGUCCAACAACAGAUACAGUGAUAUUUGAGUUCUACUGUGACACUGGAGCAGGCUGCGAUACUGAUGUUCAGUUCUGGUACAGACUAACUCCAAGUCCUGUAGGAGCAGAUGUGGAUGACUGGUGCAGCCUUGCUCGUAGCAGUGAGUUUCCACAAGACUUAAUAACAGCACCUCCACCAGUAGGGACGACACCCACUAUUAAAAGUGCAGCAUGUAACAUUUUUUCUUGGAGCUUUCUUCAACUUGCAGCUGCAGUUUUGCUACUGCACUUUCCAUCACUUUAACAGAUCAGAUGGGUUUGAAAUACCAGACUACAUAUCUCCUCAAUCAAGUGCCCCUCCUUGAACAGCCACCCUGGUCCUAAAUCAUGGAAUUUAAAAAUAAUUUCAGACAAAAUGCAUUAAGAAUUCACCGUAAAUUUGGAAUCUCUAAAUGUUUCUUGCCAAAAAAUGUAGUUGAAGUAUGAAAAAUCUUGUGCAAUUGCGGAAAUUGAAAAGAGUAAAUCUGCAAUUGGAAAUAAGCACCCUGGAUGGGUCCUGGAAAAAUUGUAUUUGAUGUAUUAUUAUUGCCUCUUCAGAAUUGUCUCUGAUUGGUUGGGGGGGGGGUAGGUGAUCAGGGUGCAUGUUUGACAGGGCCCCCUGAAAUACAAUUACUUGCAAUUUAUGAGGUACAUCUACUCUCGACAAAAGAAAGCAUGCAUGUAGGACCAGAGGGGACUUCCAUAUAAAAGGGACAGGGGUGCUCAUUGGAAAUUUUGAGAAGAACCUCUAGGAGGUAUCAAGAUACUGUUUUUGGGGCGUGGGCUGAAAU